AUUGAUGCAGAUGAAAAGAGUGAAACAUUGGAUUUUUCCAAGGGUGUUGACCCUCUAGGAAUGGCGUUUGUAGUUUUUCCCAAAGAGCUUGAAAUGCUAACGUCGGACGACGUAGAAAGAUUCAGCAGUGAAUUAAAGGAGAAAAAUAAAGUAUUAAAGAUUAUUUUGGAUGAAUCGGGAAAUAGAGCAGUAUCUUUACUUAAAGAUGAAAAAGAAAAUGACCUUAAAAAUUUUAAAGAUAUGAUUGAAUGGAGACAAAAUAAUCCUGAUUGCGAUAUGGAAGAUGCGAUCAAUUAUUUCGAUAAAGUAUCAAAAGUCGCUGAUGUUUUCGCCAAAAUCAUUUACGAAUACGAUUAUCCCGAUUACGUUCUUAAAUCACCCAUCACGACAAGAAUAAAACAAGAAAACGACAAUGAUAAUGAUAAUGUACGAAUAGAGAUUAAAGAAAUUAAAACAACAAAAAACGAGGGAAACGAAGAAGAUAAAGUCAGAGAAAAAUACACCGACAUUGAAGAACGUAAACAAUUUGAGUUUUUACUUUUGUUGUCGGGUUUAAUAUUGGAGCACGAAGAUGAUUUAGAGAGAGGAUACACUUAUGUGAAGGUUUGGUCACCUUUUUAUAAACUAUGCGAAGCUGCCGAACAUAUGCGAUUAAAAGUUGAACUAGAGACAAGAAAAGUCGAAGAAAAGUAUAAUGAAAAAGAAGAAUCAGAAAUUAUAAGUUUGAAUGAAACCGUGACGACAAUGGAACAAACGCUUCUUUUACCCAAAGAAAGCUCUAUGGACAAUAAACCAAAGUUAAUCGAAAAUGAACAAUUCAAUAAUAGUUUAAUACUCAAGUAUUCGACUCGUCAUUUCCACCAUAAAAUAAAUAUCACAAAAAAAUCGAUUUUGUUCAGAAAGGAAAAUCUAAAGGAUUUCAAAGGGGCAUAUUGCGACAAUUGGAGUCAUCUAGUGUUGAACUUUUGGAGUGGAUCGCGACGAAAUCUUUUAACGCAUUACCUGAUCAUAAAUGCUAAUGGUUUUCGACUCCAAAUAGAAGGAAAACAAUCAGAGAAACAACGAAUAUUAUCAUUGGCUUUUGAUGCAUUAAUACAAAAGAAGAUUUAUGUUAGUCAUUUUCCGCUUCACUACGGACCUCCAUAUAAAAGACAAAUUAACGACGUGUGCGCGAAAUUAAAUGAAAUUGUAAUUAGUAAAACAUUAUUAAACGAAAAAGAAGAGAAGGACGUUAACAGCAGUAACAAUAUCGAUGAUAAUGACGAAGACAGCGAUAACGCGAAACGAAAACUAAAUAUGAGAAGUGAACUAUAUUCAUAUUUGUUUAAACCACGGUCACUUGAAAAAAUUCGGGAAUAUUUUGGCGAAAAAUUGGCACUUUAUUUCGCGUGGCUUGGAUUUUAUUCGUCAUGGUUAUUAAUUGCCACGAUAUUAGGUGCUAUAACUAUAUUAUAUGGUGUGAUUGAUGCAGCAAGUAAAGGUGAAUUUAACAAUGGAUUUUUUGGAAUCUUUAAAAUUUGGGAUAAUGCCUUGACCUUACCAUUCGCAUUAUUACUUUCGAUAUGGUCUACAUUGUUUUUGGAAUCUUGGAAUCGAUAUAAUUCUGCUCUUGUUAAUGAGUGGGGAAUGUCUGAGUUUGAAAUGGAGAGACAACCACGACCAUUCUUUAUUGGAACGAUUUUGCGCGACCUAUUAAUAUCACCAAAUCGCGAUGAAAUUCGCUUUCCAUUUAAAAAGAGAAUACAACGAAACAUUUUGUCGAUAAGUAUAAUAAUUAUAUCUAUUUUAAUUGUUCUCGUGUCAAUUGGAAAAUUACUGCUCUUCUCCAAAGUGUGGUUCAAUUUUGGGGUGUGGAGUAGCCUUUUCUCGAGUUUGAUUAAUUUGGCGUUGGUUAUUAUGCUUAGUGCUGUUUAUGGAAAAAUUGCAAAGAUAAUGACUGAUUUCGAGAAUCAUAAAACUGUCACAAAUUAUGAAGAUUCGUUAAUACUUAAACUAUAUCUAUUCGACUUUGUGAAUUUUUAUUCGGCACUUUUUUAUAUUCUGUUAUUCAAACAAAAGUUUUCUAUGAAACUCUUGUAUGGAGAUGACACUGCAGAAGGAUGUCAAUACCAUAGUUGUAUGAUUGAACUCACUAUCCAGCUUGCUGUUAGGCUUAUUGGCAAACAAUCAGUUGAUCAAUUCAAGCAACUUUCAAUGCCAUGGUUCAUACUCAAAUUUGAUAACCUAUACAAUCGGUAUCCUUGGAUAAAUCCUCUUUUCUUCCUAUCAUUUUGUUCCUCCUCUUCAUCACGCCGAUUCUCCAAGCCGAAAAUAAAAUCCAAUGAAGCUGAAUGUAAUGAUCAUAAGCAAUGGAUAACGGAUGAUAAGCUGUUAUCAUCAAAUAACGACGAUGGUAUUAGAUCAGAUUACCAAGAAAUGGUUGUACAAUUCGGGUUUAUUUCGUUGUUCUCCACCGUGUUUCCAUUAGCACCAUUAUUCGCGUUAUUAAAUAAUCUUGUGAAAAUUCGAACGGACGCAUACAAGUAUAUAACCGUGAUGCAACGACCGAUCGGUUUUCUCGCUCAAAAUAUCGGAAUGUGGGACACGAUUAUCCAUGUGAUUUCGUUUUUGUCUGUACUGACGAAUGCGACGAUAGUCGCAUUUCAUUCCAGUUAUAUGCAACGCGUUUUUGAAGUGUAUGCUCAGACAGAUUAUCAGCUGUUGGUUAUUCGUGUAGCGUUUAUUUUCGCUUUCGAGAAUAUCGUCUUGAUAGCGAAAUUACUAUUCAGAUGCUUGCUUCCUAAAGUACCAAAUGUCGAUAAUGUCCAAACGAUCACCCAACGGAUAAAAUCCAUUUCGAAAAAAGAACAAGAGUCUUCACUUAAGCCUAGACUAUCUAAUUCCCUUGACGACGGACGUAAGAAAUUACGACUGGCUCGUCGUCUAUUAACCAUUUAUGGACAGGACGAGGGCGCAAUAAGAAAAGGCCUUACUUCGUUGAAAAUAUUUAAUCGUAAUAUGGACCUAGAAAUUGAAAGUUGCUUUGUUGUUGAUGAAGUGUACCAACGACAACAG